CCCCUCCGCCAUCAUGUUCGCUGCCCGCAGACUCGCCGCCAACACCCCCUCCGCCGCCGCGCGCCUCUACUCUACCGCGCCCCCAGUAAAGCCAUCUGUCAAGCUCAUCGCCGAGCUCCGCAAGGUCACCGACGGCGUCUCUCUCACCAAGGCCCGUGAGGCGCUCGCUGCCAGCAAUAACGACCUCCAGGCCGCGCUCAAAUGGCUCGACACCGACCGCGCGGCGACGGGGGCAGCCAGGGUGGCGAAGCUCGCUGAUCGCCAUGCGGGUGAAGGUCUUGUUGGUGUGCAGGUGCUCUCGCCGGGAGCCCGUCCAGGCGCCGCGGGCGCGGUGCGUGCGGCGAUGGUCGAGCUGAACUGCGAGACGGACUUCGUCGCGCGGAACGAGCUCUUCGGGAAGCUUCUCGCCGACAUUGCGCACACCGCCGCAUUCCUUGCUGAGCCCGCGCAGGGCUCGCGGCUCAUUCAAUCGGUCUCGUGCGACCUGCUGAACGAGGCCCCGCUGCUCGACCACCUCAACCCCCAAGCAUCGUCCGCGUCGCACGCUACCGUCGCCAGCGCCGUGCGCGACCUCGUCACGAAGGUCGGAGAGAAGAUCACCUUGCGGCGCGCGGCCGCCGUCGCGCGCGACCCGUUCCCCGCGCAGCAGCGCCACCUCGGCCUGCGCGUGUUCCCGUUCCUCCACGGGUCUGUGGCGCUCCCGACGAACGGCACCAAGGGCACGCUCGCGCUGCUUGCGCUCAAGUCGCCGCAGCUGCCCGAGCUGGUCACGUCGGAGGAGUUCCAGAAGAGGCUCGCGGCGCUGCAGCGCUCGCUCGGCCGCACGAUCGUUGGCUUCCCGACGAGGGGGGUCCGCGCGCUGAACGGCGAGCGAGACCCGGAUGCGUUGUACUCGCAGCCGACGGACAUGUUCAUGGACAAGCAGGGGAGCAACAUCGAGGAGGAGCUGCGGUUCUGGGCGCAGAAGCAUGGGUUGGCUGGUAAGGGGGCGGAAGAUGGCGGGAUCGAGGUGCUGGAGUUUGAGAAGUGGUCCGUUGGGGAGGUGUUGGAGGGCAACUAGACCGUUCGAUCACACCGGUAUGUUCUGGUUACCGACACAUUGAGCCCCUCCGUUCAGAAGGCGUUCACCCUUUUCGACACGACGACCUCUAGAUGCAUCUACAUAUAUCACUCAAGUAUAAUCCGCCAUGUAUAAUACCUGCCCAUCACCAUCUCACAACUCAGUAUGUAAUACCUCACG